GUCAUCCCCCCACGAGUCCGAGUCACAAGCCACGACAGCAAACAUGGCUGCCACCGAUGUCAGGCACAGGAAGGGCAAGGCAACCGCAGUCAAGAAAGCAGAGGAUGAAGCAGUCUCAUCAUCAUCAUCAUCAUCACCGUCCCAUGGCCGUCACGAGAACCGUGGUCAUCGCCUGUUUCGUGCGACGCCAUCCUCACAUACAGCCCCGACCCCCUUGCUACGCUUCCUCCGCUACACUCAGGGCGUCACCACAGCCGUGACGGCCGUCAGUAUACUCGGUUGGAACGCACGUGUCGAGUCUGCUUGGUACCUCUUUGGCGCCCUGGCCACUAGUACAGCCGCAAAGACGCUCAAGACGAUGAUCAAGGACCCGAGGCCAGAGGGAAGCGCGGUCAAGACUCAUGGUAUGCCAUCCACCCAUAGUGCGACAGUGAGCUUCAUGACUUGCUACGUGCUGGCCUACCCGCUAGUCAAAGUGGUGCAACAUCGUGGGGACGUACUGGCGGCGUUGACACCCUGGGAGAUGUGCUACUCUGCCGUGCUGGCCACCUUCCUUCCCUUAGUCAUGUGGUCGCGCGUCGCACUGGGUGUGCAUUCGGGCAAGCAGGUCAUCAUCGGUGGAUGUUUGGGGCUGGUAGUAGCAAAUGGGGCUUGGCAGAUCUGGAAUGCGGACACGAGCUGGGGUGGGGGCAGGCCGUUGAGGAUGCAUGAGAAGGUAGAGCAGUGGGAUCAGUGGAUCACGGCGGCUAGGCUCAUUGUGAUCGACGGAUUGAAGUGGGUUGCAGAUCGUGUUGCGGUGGUGUAGCAGCAUUUCGUGAAUAUGAAGCAUCCUUUGUGUACAGCCA